UGGACCCUCUAGGGUCCAGGUCGCGUCCGCUUGCUGGACUAGAUACUCGCGUUUUUCCUCUCUUUUAUUGUCUCUCGGUAUCAUGUCCGAUGAACAACACGUCGUCUAUCUAGAAGAUGUCGAAACAGCAGCGCUGUCGACUUCUAACGCGAAAAACACCUCCGAAACACCUAGUUCGUCACAAGAUGGCUCAGUCAAGGCCACAGAGACACCGACGCAGGCAACAGCCACGCUAAAAAGACAGCGCACCCUCAUGGAUAUGUUAUCUGGACCCCAGAAUCGCAAAAGCGCGGAGCCAGCGGCCAAGAAGCCAAAGCUGGGCGCCUCGUCGUCAGGCCCUGGCUCUGCUAAAAUUGCGGUCGUCGGAGUUCAGCGCUUGAAUGCGAUACCUUUCUCUCUGUCUCAAUACAUCGAAUCAAUUCCGGAAGAUCACAAGCAUUUGCUAAAGCUAGAAUCCGAAUGCAUGGGCAAGAGUUGGUUGAAACUUCUAAAGGAAGAGAUCAAAAAGCCGUAUUUUAUCACGCUGAAGAAGUUCCUGUGGGAGCAAGGGGUACAUGGCCCUGACGAUAGUGCUAAAUCUCUCAAAGUAUACCCUUCACCAAAAAAUAUUUAUGCGUGGUCCAAUACGCCCCUCGGAAAGGUGAAGGUCGUAAUCAUUGGCCAGGACCCCUACCACGGUCCGAAUCAAGCUCAUGGCCUCUGUUUCUCCGUCCCCAAGGGCGUCACUGUGCCGCCUUCUUUGAAAAACAUCUAUGCUGAGAUUAAUGCCGAGUACCCCGAAUUCGAACCUCCUAAGCAUGGUAACCUCACAGCAUGGGCUGAAAAUGGUGUCCUCAUGUUAAACACCUGUCUCACUGUGAUGGCAAGCAAAGCAGGGUCCCAUUCUGGCCAGGGCUGGGAAGUAUUUACUGACAAAGUUGUGGAUGUGGUUGACAAGUAUGGCGGUGCCAAUCUUUCGUCCGGCGGUGAUUCCGACAUGAACGGGAUUGGGCGUGGAGUAGUAUUCUUGGCUUGGGGGGCAUGGGCCGCAAAGCGUGUGGCUAAACUCAACAAGACCAAACACUUGAUCCUUACUAGUCCCCACCCUUCGCCCUUCAGUGCUCACAAGGGCUUUCUGGGCAACGGUCAUUUUAAGGCCGCGAAUGACUGGCUCGAGAAGAAGUAUGGACCUCAAGGCAGAGUCGAUUGGUGCAACCUGGAUUAAUUCAACUAAUUAGCGCAUGUAAAGGAUACGAUACGACCGUUGUUAAUAUAUACCUACAGGAUACUGCCUGUGCACAUUUUAUACACUGCGAAAUUUUUGCUAGUGGGUCUAGAUCCUUUGACGCUCAAGACCAACUGUAAAAGGUGAGCCCCGACGAUAUAGCGGGAGAAUUUAGG